AUGGCAGCAAUUGAUAGCAGCCAUUACGAAUUAAUCAAGAAAAUCGGUGGUGGUAGUUUUGGACAGAUCUAUAUUGGUGAGGAUACGCAGACUCAUAAGAAAGUUGCUGUGAAAUUAGAAUCAAAAAAGACAAGUGUUCCUCAGUUAUGCUAUGAAUCAAAAUUAUAUGUAUUAUUUUCAGGCUGCCCAUCUGUUCCACGCUUAUACUGGUUCGGAUCCGAUCAUACUCAUAAUAUUAUGGUUAUAGAUUUACUUGGCAAGUCUCUUGAAGAUUUAUUCAUCCAAUGCGGACAAAAACUUUCACUAAAGACAGUACUCAUGCUUGCAGACCAAAUGAUAUCGUGUGUUGAAUACAUUCAUAGCAAAAAUUUUAUUCAUAACGAUAUUAAACCAGAUAACUUCGUUAUGGGCCGUGAUGAAAAGCCAAAUCAAGUUUUUGUCAUUGACUUUGGCCUUUCUAAGAAGUAUCGUGAUCCAUUUACUCAUGAACAUAUCGCUUAUGCAGAUGGACGCUCGCUGACAGGUACACCUCGUUACGCUUCGAUAGCUGCUCUCCAAGGUAUUCGCCAAACUCGCAGAGAUGAUAUGGAAUCUUUGGGAUAUGUUUGGAUGUACCUUUUACGAGGUUCUCUCCCAUGGAUGGGUAUUAACCUUAGGACGAGAGGCCAGAAAUUUGAUAAAAUUCUUGCUGUUAAAGAAGCUACGUCGAUUGAAUCUUUAUGUCAAGGAUUUCCACAAGAAUUUGCAGAUUAUUUACACGAUGUUAGAAAUCUUAAGUUCGACGAACAGCCAAAUUACGCCGCUUACCGAAAACGUUUCAGAGAUCUCUUUAUUUCGAAGGGAUACGUUUUUGAUUACGUUUACGACUGGACAGACACGUCCAAAUCCCAUAAGAAGAAAGAGCUUGUCAUCAAUGUCGAGCCAACAAGGAAGGCAGAGGCUCCAGCUCCAGAAAAUAACGCAAAUGCAGCAAAACUUACGAAAACAUUGGCCAGAGAGCGUCGCGAGCUCAACCAAAAAGCUCAAAAACAAGAACUCGAGAAAGAAAAAGCGAAUAUACAGGCUCCUCCUGGCGCAGUUCUCGCUGCACAAGAAAUACAAAGAGAUCCACAGGCAAAGAACUACAAGAAGGCGGAGAAUGAACAAAACAAUCGUACAAAUGAAGAUCCAGCACUCGCUGAUGCACUUGCAAACUUAGAUUUCGACAUGAAUCACCUUCCACCGGGUGGACCUCUUCCUAAUGGGCCAUUCCCAAGGCCAAUGUGGAGAUCGAGAUAUCCUAGAUGGAUGACUCCUGUUCAAACACUUCAAGUCAGAUAA